UGCUUCUCACAGCAAAGCCGGAAAAAUCCAAAGAGAAAUGUCAUCUUGAGAUGGCCUUCUCUGCAUUGGCGUGUCGUGGUUGGGUCCCACCUGCGUCCUCCGUCUGAUCAUGGUCCAACGGUUGACGAUGAAUCUCCAACGUGAUCGCUGCGAUCAAGAAACAUAACGAAUGGGGAACCUCAUGUCCCACAGAAGUCACGUUCUUUGCGUGCUCUCCUCGCCUUUCUCUCUCUCUCCGUGAUCGCAUCCGAAGGCUUUCCCGUGAAAAUGGUUGUGGCCCAAAACAGCAUUGACAUGGAGGAGGGAAGCUUGGAGAUUGGCAUGGAAUACAGGACUGUUUCUGGAGUGGCAGGUCCUCUUGUCAUCCUGGACAAAGUUAAGGGUCCUAAAUAUCAAGAAAUUGUUAAUAUACGUUUGGGAGAUGGCACAACUCGACGUGGUCAGGUCCUGGAAGUAGAUGGGGAAAAGGCUGUUGUUCAGGUAUUUGAGGGAACUUCUGGCAUUGACAAUAAAUAUACAACUGUUCAGUUCACAGGAGAGGUCCUCAAGACACCUGUGUCACUGGAUAUGCUUGGACGAAUUUUUAACGGUUCAGGAAAACCUAUUGACAAUGGCCCACCUGUAUUACCUGAGGCAUACUUGGAUAUCUCUGGAAGUUCCAUCAAUCCUAGUGAGAGAACAUAUCCUGAAGAAAUGAUUCAAACAGGGAUUUCUACAAUAGAUGUGAUGAACUCCAUUGCUCGUGGUCAAAAAAUCCCUCUUUUCUCUGCUGCUGGGCUUCCACAUAAUGAAAUUGCUGCUCAGAUUUGUCGUCAGGCUGGUCUUGUGAAGAGGCUGGAAAAAUCUGAUAAUCUCUUGGAGGAUGGUGAAGAGGACAAUUUUGCUAUAGUGUUUGCAGCAAUGGGAGUCAACAUGGAAACAGCACAGUUUUUCAAGCGUGAUUUUGAAGAAAAUGGUUCAAUGGAGAGAGUGACACUUUUCCUAAAUCUGGCAAAUGACCCAACAAUUGAACGAAUUAUUACGCCUCGAAUCGCUCUCACGACUGCAGAAUAUCUAGCUUAUGAAUGUGGCAAGCAUGUUCUUGUCAUCCUGACUGACAUGAGCUCAUAUGCUGAUGCGCUUCGUGAGGUGUCUGCUGCUCGAGAGGAGGUGCCAGGUCGACGUGGUUAUCCAGGCUAUAUGUAUACCGAUCUCGCAACAAUAUAUGAACGUGCUGGUCGUAUAGAAGGAAGAAAGGGCUCUAUCACACAGAUACCGAUCUUAACUAUGCCAAAUGAUGAUAUUACGCAUCCCACUCCAGAUCUUACAGGCUAUAUCACCGAGGGCCAAAUCUAUAUUGACAGGCAACUUCACAAUCGACAGAUUUAUCCACCUAUCAAUGUGCUGCCAUCUCUCUCACGGUUGAUGAAGAGUGCCAUUGGGGAGGGUAUGACUCGUCGUGAUCAUGCUGAUGUGUCUAACCAGUUGUAUGCCAAUUAUGCAAUUGGGAAGGACGUUCAAGCAAUGAAAGCAGUUGUCGGAGAGGAAGCACUCUCGUCUGAGGAUUUGCUGUACUUGGAGUUCCUAGACAAGUUUGAAAGGAAGUUUGUAACUCAAGGAGCGUAUGAUACCCGUAAUAUCUUCCAGUCGCUUGAUCUUGCCUGGACCAUGCUACGCAUCUUUCCCCGAGAGCUUCUCCACCGUAUACCUGCCAAGACUUUAGAUCAGUACUAUAGCCGCGAUGCUGCUCACUGAGAGAUGCAAAGAUGAUAGCUCACCACCGUAUACCUGCCACGACUUUAGAUCAGUAGUACUAUAGCCACGAUGCUGCUCACUGAGAAGCAAAGAUGCCUUUUUCUUUUUCUUCUUCUUAAAUUAUGGAGGAGCCAAAGAUGAAUAAUAUGCCGCUUCUACC